GAUUGGUCGGUUUGUCCACGCGCCCGAGGAAACAGGAAGGGUUGUCUAGUUCUGCCAGAGGAGAGAAGAUUUUACUGAAACCGUCACGUCUCAGGGCAGCGGGAUGAAGAAGCAAAGAGAGAGCCAAUGCACUCAGAAGACCAUCUCAUUGCUGAGCCCCCUGGGGACCAUCCAAGUCAGUGGAUGUGAGAAUGGUGUGCACACCAUCCAGAUCCUAAUGGAUGUCGCACCUGCUGAAAGGAGCAGCGGGGCCCCCCUGAGCUGUGUGGUCAACGACAGCCCGGCAGAAACGAGCCCCGAGAUGCAGCGCUGCGUUGAAUGGCUCCAGGCGUACUUCAGUGAGCCGCAGACCACUGGGAGUCUCCCGCUCCCUGCCUUUCACCACCCCGCCCUGCAAGGAGAUGCGUUCACCAGCCGCGUGUUGCAUCUCCUUCUGAAGAACGUGAAGUUUGGAGAGACCGUCUCGUACAAACGCCUCGCUGAGAUGGCGGGAAACCCCAGAGCGGUGCGGGCUGUGGGAGGGGCUAUGAGGAAGAACCCGGUUCCUCUCCUCAUUCCCUGUCACCGGGUAAUUUCCAGCUCUGGACAGAGUGGGCCGUACAUGAGCGGCAAGGGCGACCAUCUCAAACAAUGGCUGCUCACCCAUGAGACACAGAGAGGGAAGGCUGAAGCAUGACAGAGCCUGACUGUUCUUCAUGCAACACACACACACACACACAGACUGUAUUUUCCUCUUAAAUAUGUAAAAAAAACAUCCCACAAAACAAGCGCCUAAAGUUAGACAUGCUUGAAACAACUGCAAUUACUUGUAAAUAUUCACUUUACUCCUUUUUUUAACCUAAGAAUAGAGCUGCUGCAUCGUUAAUGUGAUGCAGAGUUGUUGCAGAAUUAGAACAUACAAAAAUAACUUAAACAGAGAACCGUAGGAAUUACAAGCAUAUGCUCCCGUGGGUCUCUGUUGCAUUUGCCAGAUAGUGCUGGAAUGGUUUUUCUAAAGAAUAAUUAUUAUUCCCUUAAAAAUAUGUCUCUUGCAUUGUUGUUGUUGUUUUUUUUUUCCUUAGCAGAAUUAGUCUUUGUACCUCUCGUUGUUUUUUUAAUUUCCUGCCAAGUAAAUGCUUUGUUCAACAUCCAGCGAUAAAGGCUCUGAGUUUUAUGGCUACAAAGCUUUGUAGUGAAGCAUUUGCUUUGUCUUCGUUUACAUCUCAUUGUUUACUCUUCUCUUAUUAUCCACCUAAAGAGGAGAUGCUUGACUGUAUACUCUACUUUAGUUGCAUUCUUCUUUAAAUAAAUAUUUUAUCUCACAAA